AUGGCAAGCAUUAUGUCCCAGGCUCAGCUCAAUCGACUUUACGGUGAUAAGCUACUCGAUUACCUUCUGGACGUUGCCGACAGUGUAGAGCGCCUCGGAAAGGAAGAGGAUCCAACCGACCAAGACCUGGUGCAUUGCUCUCACAUCUCUCCAUCCUGCCUCGUACUAAUCACAACUGUCAGAUCUUCGAGAACAUCCCCAAAGGCGACCCCAACAAGCGCAUCCGAUGGGGUUCCGACAAGGACAUUGUAAGCCUUCCAUUCCGCAAUUCUUAGCCGUUUGUAUCUUGCUUUUCCCACUGCUAAUCGAGCAUUAUUCUCAGGACCGCAAGCAAAUCACGCUUCGUUUGUCUGUGCACCUCGGCUUCGCCAAAGGCUUCUUGCCGACGAUCCAAGACGGUGCCAAUCUCGUGCGGGCCCUCAAGUUUCCGCUCCAUUGCGGAGAGAAGAUCAACACUCCACUGGUCAAGAAGUUUGCCACGAUGAUCGGCCAAGUCGUCGAUCCCGUCAAGCUAGGCCCAGGUUUCGUGGUGGAGGAUCUGGACAAACGUCAGGGAUUGAAGCGAUUGAUGGUUACGGAGGUGAGUGAUGUAUCAGUACACGCUGCCAUUCUGUUCUUUGUGACUCUCCCCCACUGACAUAUGCUGCGGAUUAAAGGAGACUGCUCUCUGCGUCGAAGACCGCCGCUUCCACCACAGUGCCUUGGGCUUAAUUGCGUUCCCAACGAGCAGCGCAAAGCGAGCCCAUCGCAACGACCUGCGGCUUGACAUUCGCCGCUCGGUACUUGGCGUCGAUGCAUGGGUCGCCAAGGUCAUGCAGGAGCUGCGCAAGCAUGGCCAUCUUCAGCUAGCCCAGGUGCCACAUCAGUUCUACGUCGACGAGGAUGUGUCGGAAUCGGAUGGAGAGGAUUUUGACGAGGAGGAGGAAUCUGAUGGGCAAUUUGGCUCUGCGGAAGAUUCUGACGAUGAGGAGGACAUGCCCGGUCAGCACGCUCGCCGCUCCUCUGGCGCUGCUCCGGUCCACGGUGGCACUGCUGCUCCUCUUCGACUCAGUGCUCGUCAGCAUCUCGCAUGGAGCGAGGACGUGACCAAUCUGCGCGCUCGCCGCUCCAAUGGCACCACCGCUCGGGCAAGUCAGGGCACUGCUGCUCCUCCUCGACUCAAUGCUCGUCAGCACCACGAGUGGCUGCUGGACUUGCAGCAGAUGCAAGAUAUUGUUCACUGCGCCCAAACCACCAACGUCCCGGCGCAGCAUUUGCUGGCCGCACGUGGCUUCGGUGAUACCCAGGAACUUCUCGCCAGUCUCCGGCGUCUGCGUCUCGCUGGUCGUUAG